GGGGCGGGGGUGGUGGUCCGUUAGUAGCGUUGGGCCCCGGCCGUGGUGGCAGCGCUCUCUCCUCUGCUCGCGAGGAGCUGCUCAGGCUGGAGGCCAGCCAGCUCUUGCCGCCACCUCGGUCGCGAUGGGGGCGCAGGACCGGCCGCAGUGCCACUUCGACAUCGAGAUCAACCGGGAGCCGGUUGGUCGCAUUAUGUUCCAGCUCUUCUCAGAUAUAUGUCCAAAAACAUGCAAAAACUUCCUUUGCCUAUGCUCAGGAGAGAAAGGCCUUGGGAAAACAACUGGAAAGAAGUUAUGUUAUAAAGGUUCUACAUUCCAUCGUGUGGUUAAAAACUUUAUGAUUCAGGGUGGGGACUUCAGUGAAGGUAAUGGAAAAGGUGGAGAAUCAAUUUAUGGUGGAUAUUUUAAAGAUGAAAACUUUAUUCUCAAACAUGACAGAGCGUUCCUUUUGUCAAUGGCAAAUCGAGGGAAACAUACCAAUGGUUCCCAGUUUUUCAUUACCACAAAACCUGCUCCACACCUGGAUGGGGUGCAUGUUGUCUUUGGACUAGUUAUUUCUGGUUUUGAAGUAAUCGAACAAAUUGAAAAUCUGAAAACGGAUGCUGCAAGUAGACCUUAUGCAGACGUGCGAGUUAUUGACUGUGGGGUGCUUGCCACAAAAUCAACGAAAGAGGUUUUUGAGAAAAAAAGGAAGAAACCAACUCAUUCAGAAGUCUCGGACUCCUCUUCCAAUUCUUCUUCCUCUUCUGACUCAUCCUCAGAGAGUGAGACUGAGCAAGAGAGAAGCAGAAGAAGGAAACAUAAGAGGAGGCCCAAAGUUAAACGUUCUAAAAAGAGACGAAAGGAAGCAAGCAGUUCAGAAGAGCCAAGGAAUAAACAUAUUAUAAUGAGUCCAAAAGGUCACUCUGAGAGGAGUGAUACCAAUGAAAAAAGGUCAGUCGAUUCAAAUGCUAAAAGGGAAAAGCCUGUGGUCCGGCCAGAAGAAAUUCCUCCAGUGCCAGAGAACCGAUUUUUACUGAGAAGAGAUAUGCCUCUUGUCACCGUGGAGCCUGAACCUAAGAUUCCUGAUGUGACACCCAUUGUAAGUGAUCAGAAACCAUCUGUAUCAAAGUCUGGACGGAAGAUUAAAGGAAGGGGUACAAUUCGCUAUCACACACCUCCAAGAUCAAGAUCCUGUUCUGAAUCAGAUGAUGAUGACAGCAGUGAAACUCCUCCUCACUGGAAAGAAGAAAUGCAGAGACUGAGAGCAUACAGACCACCUAGUGGAGAAAAAUGGAGUAAAGGAGAUAAGUUAAGUGAUCCCUGUUCAAGCCGAUGGGAUGAAAGAAGCUUGUCCCAGAGAUCCCGAUCAUGGUCCUAUAAUGGAUAUUAUUCAGAUCUUAGUACAGCAAGACACUCUGAUGGUCACCAUAAAAAACGCAGAAAAGAGAAGAAGGUUAAGCACAAAAAGAAAGCCAAAAAGCAGAAACAUUGCAGAAGGCACAAACAGACUAAGAAAAGAAGGCUUACUGUACCAUCUGAUAUAGAAUCCUCAAAGUCUUCCACCCGACGAGUGAAAUCCUCGUGUGGUAGAGAAAGGAGAUCUCGUUCUUCCUCAUUGUCAUCUCAUCACUCAUCCAAGAGGGACUGGUCUAAAUCUGAUAAGGAUGACCAGAGCUCUUCAACCCAUUCCAGCAGAGACUCAUACAGAUCGAAAUCUCACUCACAGUCCUAUUCUAGAGGAAGCUCAAGAUCAAGGACUCCAUCAAAAUCCUCAUCACAUUCUCGAAGUAGAUCAAAGUCCAGAUCUAGUUCCAAGUCAGGGCGCCAAAGAACAGCAUCAAAAUCACCAAGAAGAACAGCCUCUCAGUUAAGUGAAAAUAAACCUGUUAAAUCAGAACCUUUAAGAGCAACAGUGACGCAAAAUGAAAGUGUUGUAGUACAACCGGUGGUUGCCGAAAAUAUUCCUGUAAUACCACUGAGUGACAGUCCCCCUCCUUCAAGGUGGAAGCCUGGACAGAAGCCCUGGAAGCCUUCUUAUGAGCGAAUCCAGGAAAUGAAAGCUAAAACAACCCACUUGCUGCCCAUCCAGAGCACUUACAGUUUAGCAAAUAUUAAAGAGACUGGGAGUUCAUCAUCCUACCAUAAAAGAGAAAAAAAUUCAGAGAGUGAUCGGAGCGCUUAUUCAAAGUACAGUGAUAGAAGUUCAGAAAGUUCACCAAGGUCAAGAAGCAGAUCUUCCAGGAGUAGAUCUUAUUCCAGAUCAUACACAAGGUCGCGAAGCCUAGCUAGUUCACAUUCAAGGUCUAGGUCCCCCUCAUCUAGAUCUCAUUCACGAAAUAAAUACAGUGAUCGCUCACGGUGUAGUAGAUCAUCUUCAUAUUCUUCUGUUAGCAGUGAUAAUGGAAGACGGGCCAAGAGAAAAUUUAGACCGAAUGGGAAAAAAAAUAACACUUCAAAUAAAAGGCACAGCAGCAGCUCUGAGAAGACACUUCGUAAUAAAUAUGUCAAAGUCAGAGACAGGUCUUCGUACCAGAGAAAGUAUAGUGAAAGCAGGUCAUCUUUAGAUUAUUCUUCAGACAGUGAAGAGUCAAGUGUUCUGGUUACACAGUCAGCCCAGGAAAAAGAGAAACAAGUCCAAAUGGAAAUGAAUAAUAAACAAGAGAAAAACAGAGAUGAAGAAAAAUCUAAGCCUGAACGGGAAUGUCCUAGCUCAAAAAAAAGAACUCUAAAAGAAAAUCUUGCUGAUCACUUUAGAAAUGGCAGUAAGACCAAAAGGAAGAAUUAUGCUGGGAGUAAAUGGGACUCGGAGUCAAAUUCUGAACGAGAUAUAACUAAAAACAGUAAAAAUAAUGCCCGGCCAUCUUCUGAUAAGGAGGAGGGUGAGGCCACUUCAGAUUCUGAGUCUGAGUUGGGUGAAAUUCACAUCAAAGCCAAACCCACAACGAAGUCUUCAGCAAAUACUUCACUGCCUGAUAGUAAUGGUGCUUGGAAAUCAAGCAGACAGCGGUCGUCAACCUCUGAUUCCGAGGGGUUCUGUUCCAAUUCAGAGAGCACUAGAGGAAAGCCACACAAGCACAAACACGGCUCAAAGGAGACUCUUAAAAGGGAACACACCAAGAAAGCGAAGGAGAAAUUGAAAGGGAAAAAAGACAAAAAGCACAAGGCUCCAAAACGAAAACAAGCUUUUCACUGGCAGCCUCCACUAGAAUUUGGUGAAGAGGAGGAGGAGGAGAUUAAUGAAAAGCAAGUUACUCAGGAGGCAAAAGAGAAAAAACAGGUUUCUGAAAACAGUGAAGCCAUAAAAGAAAAUAUUCUCCAAACCGAGAAGUCCUGUGAAGACGGCAGCCUUUCAGGUAAACAUAAUACGGUAACAGUUCCACCAGACAUUGAUCAGCCUACUAAGGAGGGUAGUAAACUCAGCAACUCUCCCACAGCUUUAAAUGCUGAGGAAAAUGUCGUCCAUUCUCCCCUGAACAUUGAGUGUGUUGAAGAAAGCGUCCCAAGCGGAGUAGAGGAUGUACUUCAGACAGACGACAACAUGGAGAUCUGCACUCCUGAUAGAAGUUCCCCAGCAAAGGUCGAAGAGACUUCCCCUCCAGGAAAUUCAAGGCUUGACACCCCGGAUAGAAGCAUUGUUCUAAAGCAGGACAUGCCAACAGAGCAUCCUGAAGCAGAGGUGGGGAAACAGGAAAGCAGCACGUCGGAAAGCAAAACUGUGGGCAAAGUGGGAAAACAGGACGGCAGCUCUGCCAGCUCUGCUUUCUUGGCAGAAAGCACUGUGAAGAGGGAGGUGGCUGAGAAAAGCCAGACCAGCCUCAUGGAUAAUAAAUGGAAGCCCCUGCAAGGUGUGGGGAACCUGGCAGCACCAACUGCUACCACAUCCAGUGCUGCAGAAGUUAAGGCAUUGACUGCUGUGCCUGAAAUGAAACCACAAGGCUUGAGAAUAGAAAUUAAAAGCAAAAAUAAAGUUCGUCCUGGGUCUCUCUUUGAUGAAGUAAGAAAGACGGCACGCUUAAACCGGAGGCCAAGAAAUCAGGAGAGUUCGAGUGAUGAGCAGACACCUAGUCGGGAUGGUGAUAGCCAGUCCCGGAGUCCAAGUCGAUCUCGAAGUAAAUCUGAAACCAAAUCAAGACACAGAACAAGGUCUGUCUCCUACAGUCACUCAAGAAGUCGAUCUCGAAGUUCCACAUCAUCCUAUCGAUCAAGAAGCUACUCUAGAAGUCGGAGCAGAGGAUGGUACAGCAGAGGCCGCACAAGAAGCCGGAGCAGUUCCUACCGCAGUUACAAAAGUCAUAGGACGUCCAGCAGGAGCAGAUCCAGGAGCAGCUCGUACGAUCCCCACAGUCGGUCCAGCAGGUCCUACACUUACGAUAGCUACUCCAGCAGGAGUCGGAGCCGAAGUAGAAGCCAGAGGAGCGACAGUUAUCACCGAGGCAGGAGUUACAAUAGGCGGUCCAGGAGUUGUAGAUCUUAUGGCUCCGACAGUGAAAGUGACCGAAGUUACUCCCAUCACCGGAGCCCCAGUGAAAGCAGCAGAUAUAGUUGAAUGUGUCCCCUUUUUUUUUUUUGAUACAGAUUCUAUCUUAUUUGUAAAUAUCUGGUAACUUAUAAGUUUAAGAAACUUAAUGGCAGUCUCUUGUUCUGUUUGAAUAUUAGAGGAAUUUGAAAAAUAGACACUUCUUAAUUGUUACUUGUUCAUUUACAUGUGCGCAGAAUUUAAAAUACAGAUAUGUCUCCCAAAAAUACUUGUAUGCCGCAUUUUACAGUAGCCAACUAUGGAAGUGAAUUUCAUUUUCUUGAAUCAAGAAAUCAUGAAAUUUAAGUAUAAUUUGCAAUAUUAUUUUAUAUAGACUGUUUCUCUCCAUCUCAUGUAUUUCUCAGAAUACAGAUUAUUUUUGCCCGUUUUUCAGGUUUUAGCAUAUGUGCUGCCAGGCAUAGAGCUAUGGAUGAGAACUGUAAAAGGUGGCCAAAUAUUUAUAUACCAGUUACACAGAUCUCAUACAUGUGUGCUCUUCAGAUAAACCACCCAGAAUUGAUACUGAUGGUAGCCAGGAGGAUAAGGCAGUGGUCUGAGGUUCUUAAUUCAUUCCUUACUUCUCUGUUGUCUCAGAUUAUCAGGAAAGUGGUCACCAUACAGCCCACUCUCUGUGUUAUUUCAGGCUGGCGGGUGAGGUUAAGAAGAGUAAAUUAGCUUUAACUAUAGAUAUCUGCACUGUCUCUAAGGCCCUAAUGUUUUAUGUGCUUUUUAAUAAAUACUAUUGGAAGUUCAGUUUGUAAGAAGACAAUUCUAUUCCAGUUUAUGCUUUGGUGCUUGGUACCUUUUGGUGCCUCUUUAAGCAUUAUUCUUCUAUACUGUACAUUAGAAUUCCGUAAGAGAGAGAAAUGAUUUUUUUAAUUCACUGGCACCCAACAUGGUUCCUUCUCAGCUAUAUUCACUUUAAAUAUUUGGAGGGCUUCUCUCAAGCACAGGUGUGGGCCGAGGUCCCUGGAGCAGGCAGGAUUGGCACAGGGUUGUGUGGCAACUCAGGUCUGCUGCACAGAACUGAUGCGUGUGCCCCUGGAAGAGCAAACUUCAAAAGUAACACCAGGAUCUACCUGCCACCAUCCUGGACACACUUCGCAGGGCUUUACUUCUAAGUCUUUCAACUGAGAGGUAGACGCAAGAGCAGUUGUUCCCAGCACCAGCAUGUUUCCUGGUUUCUGCUGUAACCCGCACUGACUCGGCGAAGCCUCGUGUGACAUGGUACAGCCAGGAAGACAGACAGGGGAAGCAAGGUGUGCGUACUGCGUAGGUUACACAUGUUCACAGUCUUUCGUGGUUCCUGCAAAAAUGAUUUGACCUGUAAAAACUGGUGAGUUGUUUUUUUUUUUUAAUUUUUAGUUUGAAUUUUUUUCUCCAAGUGUACUUAAUCACCUCAGUGCCAGUUUAAUCCAGGUAUGCAGAAGAAGUUCAUAUUGGAUGUUUCAUGCAGAACUCUGCCAUCCUACCCCAGGGCUUGCCUAGGGUUCUUGGGAAGUGGGAAAGAGCCCUCAGUUGGAGGGAUCUGACCACCCUGAUGGAUGGAGGGGUGACCUUGGAUGUAUUAAAACCAUUGCCCAUAAAAGGUUCAUAAACAGGGUUAAGGGGUCCAGUUGUUUGCCAAGUUGAUAGAUGAAAAUGCAUUAGAAAAUAGGACCUAAGUCAAACAGACGUGCUUGAUAGUGAAUACAAAACACCAUGUGGUUUAUAUGAAGGGUUUUCUAAAGUUGCCUCUGGAGGAGAGUAUCUUUAACAAUACUUAGUGAAAGAAACUGCAUUUACAACCCAAACAAAAACUGCCAAAUCUAAUUACGUUAAGAAAAGUUACCUUUUGGCAGUGUAUUAGUUUUAUAUUGCUUUGUAACAAAUUACCCCAAAUGUAGCAGCUUAAAGCAACACCCAUUUCUUAGCUCACGGUUCUGUAGCUCAUGAGUCCGGCACGAUGUGGCUGGAUUCUCUGCUCAGGGUCUCACAAGGCUGAAAUCCAGGGUCAGCAGGGCAGCAUUCCUUCACAGAGGCUCUGGGGAAGAAUCUCCUUCCGAGUUCAUUCAGGUUGUUGGCAGUAUUCAGUUCCUUGCUGGCUGCAGCCGGGGGCCUCUCUCGGCUCCUUAAGGCUGCUCACGUUCCUCCUUGUGUGUUCCCUCCAUCUUUAAACCAGCAAGGGCCUGUCGAGGCCUUCUUCUUGUGCUUCAGAUCUCUCUGCCUUCCUUCUCUGGUUUCAGGUUCAUGUUGUGAUUAGAUCAGGCCCACUGAGAACAGUCUCCCUGUAUUAAGGUCAACAGUGCCAUAGAACAUCUCAUAAUCACAGAAGUGAGAUCAUAUUCCCAGGUUCCUGGGAUGGGGGCAUGAAAUAGGAGGAGGGGCAUUUUAGAAUUCUGCCUCCCACAGGCAAUAGCUUUGCCGUUGCACUGUGGGUAGACUUUUAUCCUAAAAAGGUGGGCCCUAGAAGCCUCGUUUGUUCUUUUCAUGGGAAAGAACAGCCCUCAGCUGCAGCAUUUAACUUGUGUGUUUACUGAAUGGACUACAGAAAUAGCUUUUCUUUCUAAAGGGGAUUAUUCUGUAUUUUAAGUUAUUUUUUAAUAAAGUUGAAUUACAUCGUGUUUUGUGCUUCUUAAUAGAAAAUGCAUCAUUGGACUGUUUUUGUAACGUCCUGUUUACUGCAAAUGAAACGAUAUAGCUGAUAUUGUUCAAAAACUGUAGAAAAUACUUUUGUACAUAUUGGUAGUGUCUAAUUUGUAUACAUUUCAUUUAAAUUUCCCUAAAAUUUGAAAGGGGACCUUGUAGAAAUUAAAAUAUAUGCUUAGUCUAA